AGGUGAAGAUCAACAUCAAACACCGACUCUCUCAGCGUGCACCCAGUGUGUGUGUGAGAGUGUGUUUCUGCAUGCAUAUGUAUGUGAGUGUGCAUGUCUACCUAGUGGGCGUGCACCCGGCUAUCUGCCCCCCCCACCCACCCUCCACCCUGCAGACCGGUGCAUGUGCAUGUGCGCGCGGGUGUGUUUGCAGGAGCUGCGCGGUUAGAAGCAGACGCUCAUUCUGCAGCUUUUAAUUACAUUUUUUUCCUCCUUUUAUUGCUUUUAUCACGAGAGGGUUAUUUCUCACUGAGUGUGCGUGAUUUUGCACGCGCCUCCUCCCUCCUCCUCCUCUUCCUCCUCCUCCUCCUCUUGCUCCUCAGCGUGGAGGUGCGUGGCCACUAUACUGGCUGUGUUGUUGCGGCACUGGAUGGAUCUAACUAGCAUGUUGGCCUCGGGCGGUGCGCACGGAGGGAAAUAAAAACCGGCGUUUUUUUUGCUUCUUCUUUUGUUUUUUCUUCUUCUUCUUCUUCUUCUUCUUACCUGCCGAUCACCUCACCUUCUGUGACGACAUGUCAAACUCAAACAAAAGCAAGAAGGACAAAGAAAUCCUCGCAGAAUACGAGAGCCAGGUGAAAGAUGUCCGGGCCCAGUUGGUGGAGCAGCAGCGCUGUCUGGAGCAGCAGACCGAGAUGAGAGUCCAGCUGCUUCAGGACCUGCAGGACUUCUUCAGGAAGAAGUCCGAGAUCGAGACGGAGUAUUCCCGAAACCUGGAGAAGCUCGCCGAGAGGUUCAUGGCCAAAACACGCAGCACGAAAGACCAUCAGCAAUACAAAAAGGAUCAGAACCUGCUCUCUCCGGUCAACUGCUGGUACUUGCUGUUAAACCAGGUGAGAAGGGAGAGUAAAGACCACGCCACCCUCAGCGACCUCUACCUGAACAACGUCAUCAGCCGCCUCACACACAUCAGCGAGGACUCUGCCCGCCUCCUGAAAAGGAGUAAGGAGAUCAUCUUUCAGCUUCAGGAAGACCUCAUGAAGCUUCUCAACGAGCUUUACACCGUGAUAAAGACGUAUCACAUGUACCACGUGGAGACGAUCAGCGCGGAAACCAAGCUGCGGGACGCGGAGCGCCAGGAGGGCCGCGUGAAGGGUGUGUCGGGGACGGGCGGAGGGGUGGAGCCGGUGUUCGGCCUGCGGAUAGAAGAGCGCCACCAAAGACGCAACGCCGCCCGCAAGAUGGAGAAGAUGAGGGAGAAGAGGAAGGCAAAGUACUCUGAGAACAAGCUGAAGACUCUUAAAGCCAGGAACGAGUAUCUGUUGACUCUGGAGGCCACCAACGCCUCCGUGUUUAAAUACUACAUCCACGACCUGCCCGACAUCAUAGACUGCUGUGACCUAGGGUACCACUCCAGUCUGAGCCGGGCUCUGAGGACCUACCUAUCAGCCGAACUGAGCCUUGAAGCCUCCAGGAGGGCGGGUCUGGAGGUGCUGGAGGGGGCCGUGGAGGGCCUGGACCCCGCCCGGGACCGGCAGCGUCUGCUGGGCCUCUACCCCACCGCCUUCUGCCCCCCGCAGCGCUUCAGUUUCCAGGCGCACAUGGGCGACGCAGUGACCCAGAUCGCCUCCCAGCCGCAGCUUCAGGCUGAGCUCAACCUCCGCCUCACGCAGCUGCAGACGCGCCUGGCGUCUCUGAAGAUCGAGAACGAAGAGGUGAAGAAGACCUGGGGAGCGACUCUGACCACGCUGCAGGACAUGACCGUGCUGGAGGACUUCGACGUGUCCCAGAGCUUCACCCACAGCCCGUCCUCCGAGUCGGUCAAGUCCAGCGUGUCGGACGGAUACUUGAACAAACCGAGUCUGGCCAAGAAACGAGCCAACCAGCAGGAGACGGAGCUCUUCUACUUCACUAAAUUCCGCGAGUAUCUGGAGGGAAGUAAUCUCAUUUCCAAGCUGCAGGCCAAACAUGACAUACUGAAGAAAGCUUUAGCAGAAGGAUAUAAAGCCGAGCUGCUGACUACCAGUCGUGGGCGGAAGAACUCCCAUAGCAAGCACCAGGAUUCAACUAAAGCCAUACCCUUGCUUGUGGAGAGCUGCAUCCGCUACAUCAACCUACAUGGUCUUCAGCAUCAGGGCAUAUUCCGGGUGUCGGGAUCUCAGGUAGAGGUCAACGACAUCAAGAACUCCUUCGAGAGAGGUAACGACCCGCUGAUCGACGAGGAGAGCAACCACGACAUCAACUCUGUGGCUGGAGUGUUGAAGCUUUACUUUAGGGGUCUGGAGAACCCGCUGUUUCCCAAGGAACGGUUCAAUGACCUCAUCUCCUGCGUCCGGAUCGAGAACAUGUACGAGCGGGCGCAGUGCAUCCGUAAGAUCCUGCUGGGGGUCCCGAGGGCGACGCUGGUGGUGAUGCGUUACCUGUUCGCCUUCCUCAACCACCUCUCCCAGUACAGCGACGAGAACAUGAUGGAUGCUGGGAACCUGGCCAUCGUGUUCGGCCCCACCCUGCUGCCCACGCCGGACACGCUGGACCAGGUGGCCUGUCAGGCGCACGUCAACGAGGUCAUCAAGACGGUCAUCCUGAACCACGACAACAUCUUCCCAGACACCAAGGAGCUGCCGGGGCCGGUGUAUGAGAAGUGUAUGACUGGAGACCAGUACUGCGAGAGUCCGUUCAGCGAGCCGGGGGCGCUGGAGGAGGCUGAGCCCGACGGCGGCACCGAGACCCAGACCAGCGACGAGGAGGGCGAGGGUGUGGAGGCGGUGGCGAGGUUCGACUACGUGGGCCGGUCGGGCCGCGAGCUCUCCUUCAAGAAGGGAGCAUCCCUGCAGCUCUUCCAGCGAGCGUCACAUGACUGGUGGGAGGGGCGGCUCAACGGAAACCACGGCCUGGUGCCUCACCAGUACAUCGUGGUGAAGGAGAGGGCCGACGUCAUGUCAGAUUCGCUCAGUCAGAAGGCGGACAGCGACGGAGGAAGCAGCAGCACCGACGACAAGAGGUCCAGGAGCGAGCUGAGCUCCCCCACUGACAUCAGACCGCCAGAGACCUAUAACAGUCACAGGAGGAAGCGAACGGAGGGUUUGUUCCGCCGCCCCCUCGGCCGCUCCAACGACAGCCACUGCCACGGCAACGGGGGGGUGAUGGAGCGAAGCUCCCCGCCGGUGACGGGUCACUUCAGCCCCAGGGAGCUGCUGCUGGGACGGGGCCAGGGUUUGACCCCGCCCCUCGACAGCCCGGAGCGCCGCCGCCGCUCUGCAGCAGCCGUGACCAUGACGGUGAGUCGACAUGAUUCGCUGCGGAGGCCGGAGGACACUCCAAUCCGACGCUCGAACAGCGGGCAGCACGGCUUCAGUGACUCCCAUCGGUCCAGAGCGCUGGACCCCGACACGCUGGCUCAGGACAUCGAGGAGACGGUGACGGUGGCUCUGGGCGAGUUGAGGCAGCUGGAGCGGCAGGGCUGCCGGCCGGCUCCCGACGUGGUGCUGGACACUCUGGAGCAGAUGAAGAACGGCCCCAUCAACACCUGCUCCUCCGAGUCCCCCAGCCCCCACAGCACCCCCAGCACCCCGGGCACACCUGGGACCCCCGGUACCCCCGGCACCCCGAGUCCUCUCAGUCCUCUGAGCCCCCUCAGCCCGCUCCCCGGACCUCCGCCGGGACCUCCCAGACCGUCCAACCCUUCCCCCGACACCCUGGGCUCCUUUAAACCCGUGGCGGCCGCCCGCAUGGGGGCCCCGCUGCGCCCCCCCGCCCUUAAACCCAAACCGAUGGUCCCGCCCAAGAGCAGCACCCCGCCUCUGCCCCCGCCGCUGGACAAAUCCUGCACCAUGUGAGCAAAAACAGGCCGAUCGACAGGCCAAAUCAGGCCUACCCGGGCCAAAAAUGGGCCCAGAAGAGGAGAUCAGGGUUUCUAAUCAACAUGAGGGUAGAACCGGUAGGACAGAGAAAAAGGGUUUUAAUGUAGUAAUAAUAAACUAUAAUAUAUGACAUGACCUAUGAUAUGAUAUGCCAUGAUAUUUAUGUGUUGUCAGGUUGGUGUGUACUCUUCUUGGUGUGUAGGAGUUUCCUUUCUCCAUGUAUUGAAGCAUUUAUCAAAGGUUUAGCUGGUAAUAAAGAGAAGGAAGCGGAGCGUCCUGUCCUGUAUAUGAGGAGGUAGACGGGGAGACGUGGGGAGUGUAGUGCAGCUCCAGUAAAAUGUAGUUUCAGUGACGUGAAUGUUGGCUGUGCUGUGAUAGCGGAGGAGCCUAUCACCAAAAAAAGACUCUCCAGAUCGGCUGCUGUAUCUGUGACUAGCGUGGAAGAGGAAGACGAGGAGGACCCGGCAGAGUUUAAUGGCUCAACAACGUCUGUGUGACUUUUUUUUAUUUUUCCACUCGGUUCAAGCUGCUAAGCUCACUUUCACCUCAAACCACGAAGCGCCUCUUGAGGUCGUCAGUGACACCACGUUAUUUAACAGCUAUUUAAUGAAUGUUUCCAGUAUUUAAACGACUGUUCAGCCAUCUUAUUGAAUGUUCGCUGCUGCGCACGGCGGCGGCGGCGGCCACUUUAACAGCCUUUCUUGUGUUUCUCGGACGCCCAGAUCGGAGCUUCAAAACAGGGUGGUUGAGCGGCAGAGGGAGCUUGGACUGAACUUUUUUCUGGGAUUGGGGGUGGGUGUAUGAUUUUGUUCUUGUUUGUAUGUGUGCGAGAAGUGUGUGUAUGUGUGUGUGUGUGUGUUUGCUUGCCUGCCCUUGUUCUGCUCCCUUGUAAAGUGCAGAAGCACCUAGAAUAGUGAUAGAUAAUUCAUGCCUGCCUUGAGUGCCAGAACACGCGAGUGCAAGUUGGGGGGGAGUGCAAAAAGCAUGCCACUUCCUGUUGUGUGAGUGUCAGAAUAAUGGUUGUGAAGUCACUGAAGUCACUAGUUAACCUUAAACUCACAAUAAGCUAACAGGGUGGGGCUUUGUGUGUAAACGCCCAAAAAAAAUACACUUGAACAGCACACUGAAUGUGGCCUCCAACCAGGCUGGUAACUGAUGUGUGUGCGUGCGUGCGUGUGUGUGUGUGAUUAAACGUGCUGAGGUGUGUGUAUGUGAAAGUGCCUUUUUUUUAAUCCUUGUCUUUUUUGGGGGAAGUUGUGAAUCCACUCACGCAUGUCCUGAACGACGAAGAGCAGCAGCACUCUGAAUGAAAUAAUCAUAAAGUGUUUAGUAGAUUUACUGAAUUAUGAAUUCUAGCAUUAACCCAUUGUGACAUUGCACUUUGAUGUAUAAUAGGAUCGUGUACUUGGCAUGUAGCAUCAUAACAUGUUGGUGCAUUUUAACUCAAAAAGGGGGAGGUUUCUUUGAAUGUGUUUCAUAAAUAACUGUUAGUGUUGCUGUAUUUGAAGACGGAGCUUCCUAAAAAGACGAGCUCAUAUAGCCAAAUGGAUUGUAUUAAUGUGUUGUAUUUAUAUUAUAAAUAAACCUGAAUAAAUUAGCAUUCAAGUCAUUACAUUGACUGAAAUGUUUCUUUAAAUGAAAUGUGGCUAAAAAUGUUUAGUUUGAACACUCAAUAAACCUCCAGGUGUGUUCUGUAAA